CUUGUCAAAUUUUGUAAAAUCACUGAAUGUAAGCUUGGAAGAGUCAUUGAAGAUUGUUUAAUUUACAUUGAAAAAUAACAAAAUAAUAUCAAAAUGACAGUGAAAAAUAAGACCGAAGAGCCGAAAAAGGAAAAAGCAGAACCAGCAGCAGCCGCUAAUGAUGAUUUGUCCGAAGAAGACAAACGAUUACAAGAAGAACUUAAUAUGCUGGUUGAGAAGUUAUUGGGAGAAGAUGUAGAUUUAUAUUUGCCGGCUCUGCAAAUGUUGAGCAAGCUUAUUAGAACUUCGACGACUUCAAUGACAUCAGUACCUAAACCAUUGAAGUUUUUGAGAGAGCAUUAUCCUGCCCUCAAGGCAGUGUAUGAAAAGAUCCAAGAUGCUCAGACAAAGAAGUUUUGUGCUGACGUUGUCUCUGUUUUGGCAAUGGGCGUCAGUGGAUCUACUGAUGCUGCAGAGAAAAGAGAAUGCCUGAAGUAUUGUCUCCUAGGAACUAUGUCUAAUGUUGGAGACUGGGGACAUGAGUAUGUCAGACAACUGGAAGGUGAGAUAGCUGAGGAAUGGAAUAUUGAGAACAUGGAUUCCUUAUUAAACCUGGUCCGAGAUGUGAUCUCAUUUGACAUGAAGCACUCAGCUGAGAUUCAGGCCUGUGAUUUAUUGAUGGAGAUUGACAGACUGGAUCUACUGACACAGCACAUGGACCAGAGCAACUACCCAAGAGUCUGCUUGUAUUUGAUUGGGUGUGCCAGCUAUGUUGUGGAGCCAGAAUCCACCCAGAUCUUACAGGGUGUUCUUGACACCUACUUACGCUUUGGGGAGUACCCUCGGGCUAUGCUGGUGUCCAUGCAGCUGCAUGAUAAGGCUAAAUGUGAGGAAGUCUUCAAUGCUUGCACAGACCCGUUGGUAAAGAAGCAGCUAUGCUACAUGCUGGCGCGUCAGUACAUACCUCUAGAGGUAGAUGAUGAGGACCUCCGCACGAUUCUCCUAAAUGCACAUAUCAAUGAUCACUUCCUCAGCUUGGCUAGAGAGCUUGACAUUAUGGAGCCUAAGACGCCAGAGGAAGUAUACAAGACGUGGCUGGAGUCGGCUGGUUCAGCUCUGCGCCCGUCUCUCCUGACUGAGCACCCAGUGGAUUCCGCCAGACAGAACUUGUCUGCUACUUUCGUGAAUGCCUUCGUAAAUGCUGGCUUUGGUCGCGACAAGCUCGUCACCACUGAGGACGGCAAUAAGUGGAUGUACAAGAACAAAGAUCAUGGAAUGUUAUCAGCGGCCGCCUCCCUGGGUAUGAUUCACUUGUGGGAUGUAGACGGUGGUCUGACCCCCAUCGACAAGUACCUGUACACGGCUGACGAGCACAUCAAGGCCGGCGCGUUGCUGGCUCUCGGCCUCGUCAACUGCGGCGUGCGGAACGAGUGCGACCCCGCCCUGGCGCUGCUCUCAGACUAUGUGCUGCAUUCAAGUUCCAACCUUAGGAUUGGCAGUGUGUUGGGUCUGGGCAUAGCGUACGCAGGCACGCAGCGCGAGGACGUGUUGUCGCACCUGCUGCCCGUACUGAGCGACACGGCCGCGCCCGCUGAGAUCUGCGCGCUCGCCGCCAUCUCCUGCGGACUCAUUGCCGUCGGCUCCUGCAAUGGCGACGUAACCUGCGCCAUCAUUCAACGUUUAAUCGAUGACAACAAGGACUUGCAUUCAUCAACAUAUGCCAGAUUCUUACAUCUCGGUCUUGGUCUAUGCUUCUUAGGUUGCAAGGAGCGCACGGAGGCGACGAUGGCGGCGCUGGAGGUGCUGCCGGAGCCGCAGCAGUCGCUGUGCCAGACCACGCUGUCCAUGUGCGCCUACGCGGGCACCGGCGACGUGCUGGUCGUGCAGCAGAUGCUGCACAUCUGCUCCAAGCACUACGACACCGACAAUGAACAACAAUCUACUGAAGACACGGCAUUCAAGAAGCAAGACAAAAAAGAUGCAAAAGAAGGCACUAGUAGCACCGCUGGAAAUUCUAAGGAUGAUAAGGCUAAAGGCAAGUCAUCCAAGGACAGCAAGAGCAAGGAGAAGGACAAGGAAAAGGAGGCGAACAAGGAGCUGUCCUCCGUACAGGCUGUUGCCACGCUCGGCGUCGCCGUCAUCGCGCUCGCCGAGGAGACCGGCGCAGAGAUGUGCACCAGGAUAUUCGGACAGCUGGGUCGUUAUGGCGAGCCAGCAGUCCGUCGCGCGGUGCCUUUGGCCAUCGCGCUGUGCUCUAUCUCCAAUCCGCAGCUGGCUGUCAUCGACGUGCUUAACAAGUACUCGCACGACUCCGAUAACGACGUCGCUUACAAUGCCAUCUUCGCUAUGGGUCUCGUCGGGGCCGGCACUAACAACGCUAGGUUGGCGACGAUGUUGCGCGCGCUGGCACUGUACCACGGCAAGUCGCCGGUGCACCUGUUCAUGGUGCGGCUGGCGCAGGGCCUGUGCCACGCCGGCAAGGGCACCGUCACGCUCUGCCCCACGCACGCCGACCGCCGCCUGGCCAGCCAGCCCGCGCUCGCCGGCCUGCUCGUCGUGCUUACUGCCUUCCUCGACUGCAAGAACAUAAUCCUUGGCAAAUCUCACUACUUGCUGUACGUGCUGGCGACGGCGAUGCAACCCCGUUGGUUGGUAACUCUGGAUGACAACCUCCAACCCUUGAACGUGAGCGUACGUGUUGGUCAGGCCGUCGACGUUAUUGGUAAGGCUGGAACGCCCAAAACGAUUGCCGGUUCACACACGCACACCACUCCCGUGCUGCUAUCCUUCGGCGAGCGCGCGGAGCUGGCCACCGACGAGUACAUUCCUCUCUCGCCCGUGAUGGAGGGAUUCGUCAUACUCAAGAAGAACGAGGACAGUGUGAUGGCGUCAGUUCAGUAGAUACUAGCUGUAUUUUAGGAUUAAUUACCAUUUAUCUGUAUUCAUUUCAGUUCUAAUAAAUUUUGAGAACUAAA